AAAUCGCAGUGCGCUCAGUGCCCUGGUCGAAUGUUUUUGUUUGUUGUGUUUUUUUAUUUGUCGCGUUUAAAAGUGUUUUAAAGUGAAUUUUAAAGUGCAAUGGAGCUGCCGAAGGAGUUAUCCAUUGCGGAGAUCCGGAAUUACAUGUUGGCCAACGAGUGCAAGGUGACAAAUCACGCGUUGGUGAAGCACUUCAAGAAAUUCCUCACGCACCCGCAGUCGCAAAAUGAGGCUCGCAAGCGUUUCAAGACCUAUGUUACGCUGCUCUCCACGAUAAAAAACGAGAACAAUCAGAAGUUUCUGAUACUGCGUAAGAAAUAUGUGAACGAAUGUCCCACAGAGGAAGUUGUGGAGCGCGCGGUGGCCGCCGCAUCCAGUAAUCCGGAGCCCUCGAGUCCGGGCGGGGGAUCCCUGAACUUUGACUCCCCCAUGAGGCAGCCACCGCCUUACAAGCCCCCUCCCAUGGUCACCUCCCCGCCCGGAGGUGCAGUCUCCAUUAGCAAGGAGCACCAGGAGAACUACCAGGAUUGCGUGGAUGAGUUCGCAGCUGCCAUAAAGCGCAUCGAGCCCGCCCGUCUGGAGAAGCAACCGUCGGUCAAGUCAGAGGAUCCGGAGCAGAAACCCUCUCGAUCCAACUCCAUCGAUGUGACCGACAACAAGGAGAACAUACCGCGAUUCUCCUUCUCCUCCGAGGCCUCCACGGACUCCAACCCCAACGAAAAGCCGGAGAAGUCCAGCGAAGACGAUUCCAAACCCAUUGCCGUGGGCGAUGCGGCCGAGAAUCCCAUCAGCGUGAAGGAGGCCACGCGCAAGUUCAACCGGAUGGCAUCCGAAGAAGAGGCUAAAAUCAUAUCGCCACCAGCCAAGAAGAAGCCAGAGAAGCAAUUAAUCGAGGAGAAGGAUUCGCCCGAGGUUACGCUGGCGCAUCCCAAGGCGAAGGAGUGGAUCGUCUCGAUGGCCAAGGCUAAUUACCAGGAGCUGGCCAAGAUGGCCAGCGAGUACCCGGAACUGGUUAAGCUGCAGUGUCCAGCAACGGUAAGUUUAUGACAAUUUCAAAACACCUCUGGUACAUAAAACUACCAUUAUAAAUGCAAUAAUUCCAUUCACCAAUUUAAUG